AUGGUCCUGGCUGCCUCCUGCCCUGCCCCCGACAGGGACAGCGCCGCGUCCCGGGAGCCGCUGAUUGUGACAGCAGUGAAAUUUUUACAGAAUCCACGGGUCCGCCAAAGUCCUCUUGCAACCAGAAGAGCAUUCCUGAAGAAGAAAGGCCUGACAGAUGAAGAGAUCGAGCUGGCUUUGCAGCAGUCGGGCACGGGCGCCGAGGAGCCGCAGUGCCCAGGUCCUGCCUCGCAGCCCGUGCCAGCUCAGCCUCCUCAGCCCCUGCUGUACAGUCCCCCUGGCUCCAGAUGGCGAGAUUAUGGGGCUUUGGCUAUCAUCAUGGCAGGAAUUGCCUUUGGCUUCCACCAGCUCUACAAGAAAUACCUGGUCCCUCUCAUCAUGGGAGGCAAAGAAGACAGGAAACAGCUUCAGAGGAUUGAGUCCAACAUUUCUGAGAUGAGUGGCAGUGUGACACAGACAGUGACUCAGUUACAGACAACCUUAGCAGCUGUCCAAGAGCUGCUAAUCCAGCAGCAACAGAAAAUCCAAGAGCUCACCCAAGAACUGGCUGCUUCUAAGGCCACAACUUCCACCAAUUGGAUUCUGGAAUCACAGAAUAUUAACGAAUUGAAAUCUGAGAUCUACUCUUUGAAAGGGCUCCUCCUGAACCGGAGGCAGUUCCCUCCCUCCCCUUCAGCUCCCAAGAUCCCGUCGUGGCAGAUCCCGGUGAAGCCAAGCUCACCCUCCAGCGCUGUUGUUGCCAACCACAACAGCAGCAGUGACAUCUCCCCAGUCAGCAACGAGUCCAGCUCGGCGUCCCCGGUGAAGGAGAGCCACAGCCCUGAGGGCGCCCAGGGCAGCUGCCACCUGCUGGGCCCCGAGCAGGGCGCGGGCGUCACGGGCCAGGUGCGCAUGGAGGUGCAGGGCGAGGAGGAGAAACGGGACACCAAGAGCAACGACGAGGAGGAGGAGGAGGAGGAGGAGGAGGAUGACGAUGUCAGCCACGUGGAUGAGGAGGAGUGUCUGGGUGUGCAGACCGAGGACCGGCGAGGAGGGGACGGGCAGAUUAACGAGCAGGUGGAGAAGCUGCGGCGACCCGAGGGGGCCAGCAACGAGAACGAGAUUGACUGAGGCACCCUGGCUGCUGCUGCUGCUGCUGCUGCACAUCCUCCCCAGCCUGCUGCACUGCCCCAGUCCUCUCCCGUUUGGUGGAGAGAAAAGCUCCCAUUCCCUGCAGUGAUUCUCCCUUGAUUGACCUUGAGCAAGGUCAUGAUUGCUUGGUGAACAACAUGAUUGCCCUGUUUCACCACAGGGCUUUGCAGUCUUGCAGUGGCUUCUUGUCCCCUCCCAGCCCUUCCUCCCAUGAGCUGGGGCCACUGCUAGGCUGGCAGACCGAUGGCCUUACAUGCCCAGCUCCAGAAUACCCCCUCUUACAGGAGCAUCCUAGAGCCCUUCUAGCCAGUUUCAGAAACCAGUCUGUCCUGAGCUCCUUGAUUUCAUAAGCCUUUAAUCCCACAUAAGGCCCAAACCAGUUCUCUGUUUCCCAAAAUAACCCUGUUUUAUUUCUCAAACUACUUGAUACUCUGUUGCAAAAAAAACAAAAACAAAAAAACCCCAAAAACAUUUUAACCUCAAAUUCCUCACCAGAUCUCAGUCUUGGCUCUUCCAAACCUUAUGCCAAGCCUUAAAUUGCUGAAACUGCCUAGCAUAUAAAAACACUGAAUUUCUGUGGGGUCCAAGGAAUGCUGUUUCCACCCCACAUGCUUACAUUCAUCAGAGUGGCCUGUUGGUAGGGACCAAGUCCAGGUGUCAUGGCCACCAUAAAAUCCAUGAGAACAGGUGGCUUUGUUGAUGAUUGUUCCCCAGCAAAAGGCUUUAGAAGAACUUGACUCCACUCAUCCCAAUUACUAUCCUUCCUCCUCCAAAGACAAGGAGCUCACAUCAGUUUUUGACAUAUUUUAUUUAUAGCUGCCCUGAAUGAAUGAAUGAAUGAAUGAAUGAAUGGAGAGAAAUCAGAUGCUGAAAUUAUUGGUUAAUUCUGAAUAUUUGCAAUGGUUUUUAGCCUUUUUUUCUCCCUAAAUGAGAAGAAAAAUGAUCGUAAAUGGUACCUACUUCAGCAAAGCAGUCUCUCUAGCAGAGAGAACAGCUCCAGUUCUGAGGUUCAAGCACUGGCCCUUCUUGCCCAGUCCAGCCUGUUUUUUGCCCCACUGGGCCAUACACAAAGCAGUGAAUUUUAAACCUCUCAUUUGCAGCAUUGUGUUUGCAGCUGGUAAAUGGUGGUGUCCGAUGAUAUUCACUGCAUCAGAGCAUCUUAGCAGAGCAAUCCUUGUAACAACUGAGUCUCACUGUCCUCACCAAGCAAGUGUGCUCAUCUGUGUGAUCAUGUAUAGAUGCAAAUAUAAAAUAUGAUUGUAUAUAAUUGUAAUAAAUACGAGUUACCACUAUUUAA